AUGUCUGAAGGGCAGAAUAGACUCAAUGUUGACAUUUACAAUACACCAGAAGUGAAGCUAUCCCAUUACGUCUCCAUUAUUGUCGGGAUCUUCAUCAUUCCGUUGGGGAUUCUCUCGAACAUUCUGGUCAUCUGCGGGAUCCUUCUCUACCCUGGGUUCUACAACAGCAGCAACAUCAUCAAGUUAGCCAUCGCUGUGUUUGACGUUCUCAUGGCGGCCAUGUGUGUGCCUCUCUUCCUCCUUUGCUACACCGACGCCACGAUGGACUACAUCGCGGAGAACAAACAUCUGUGCCUGUGGAAAUUAGUCAACGGAUUGGUCUGCUAUGCUGGUGCUUUAUACGGCUUGAUGCUCAUGUCCAUCGACAGAUACCUGGCGAUCAAAUUUCCGUUGAAGUAUCACAUGUGGAUUACUGUUAACCGCACGAUCUACGUUACUGUGGGGGUCGUUGCGUAUUCCAUGGCUACAGCAGCGUUUCCGAUGUUUGGCUGGAACAACUACAACGCCACCAUAACGAACUUAAACGAGCGUUGCAACUUUUACAACACACUCCCCAAGCCUUUACUGACUUGGUUUUUUAUGAUACCCAACAUCACGGCCAUCUUAAUCUCUAUCGCCGUCAAUAUUCACAUCGCUGUCAUAGCCUUUCGCCAGAUGAGAUCCUUCAAGCAUCAAAGUUACCUGUGGACCGAUGAGCAGAAGGAAGAGUUUAAGGCUAGGCUAAGCGGUGUUAAAAUCACACUUUCGCUGAUGUGUCUGUUCAUUAUCUUCACAAUGCCAUACAUCUGCGUUCUGCCUUUACGGCUGUUUAAAGUCUUCUCAGAACACGUCCUUGAGGUGAUCAAGACCUACACGAUUAUCCUCCUGGCUUUGAACUCCGUUAUGAACGGCCCUGUCUAUGCCGCGAUAACCAAAGAGUACAGACUUGUGUUCUGGGUCAUGCUGGUCAACCCCCCUUGGAAAUGGAAACGGAGGUUAAGAAAACUGUAUCAAGGCACGCAUUCCUUAGGUAUGGAAGACACAAACACCUUUCAGACUCAAGAAAGAAACAGUCGUUUGUUAGAGAACAACUCAGUUUCAAUUUGA